UUGAUAUAAACCAAGCGGUCGGAGCGUGGUGAACCUAUGCUGUGCUCUGUUUGGAUAGAAUCCUCAGCUCCACAAACUGUGGCGCUGAACUCUGCCAAAAAGACACCUCGAGAAUGGGCUUCGAAGUCUCCGCUUGGCUCCGCACGCGCGCCCCUGUGGCGACCAUGACUGUCCUGAGCUCCGCAUCGCCGAAGCGCCACCCUCUUUUCUUCUCAUUCUUCAAGCCCACCAUCUCUUGCUGCACCUCUGGUUCCGCAGAUUCUUCUCCAUUAUCGCCACCUUCCUUGUCUUCCCGUUCGUACAGCCGUCGAUGGUGCAGUACUCCCAUCAGUCGUAGACCAUUGGAUCAGGAUGUGGAUAAUGUUCGUGACUGGGUCGAAGCUGAUCAACCACUUGCGUCUCCAGACAGACUUACAAUUGUGUCGUAUAAUAUAUUGGGGGACAGAAAUGCUUCGAAACACAGAGAUCUAUACUCAAAUGUUCCUCCUUUUUACAUGAACUGGGAGCGCCGUAAGAAGGUCAUUUGCAAAGAACUCAUGGGAUGGAAUCCUGAUAUAAUCUGUUUGCAAGAAGUCGACAGGUAUUAUGAACUAUCAGACAUAUUGGUGAAAGCGGGAUAUGCUGGGUCAUAUAAGAGACGCACUGGAGAUGCUGCUGAUGGCUGUGCUAUGUUUUGGAAAGCUGAUGAGUUCCGGUUAUUAGAGGGACAGAGUAUUGAAUUCAAGGAGUUUGGUCUUCGUGAUAAUGUUGCUCAGCUUUCUGUUUUUGAGAUGCGAAAAGAUGAAUCCAGAAGACUACUGGUUGGUAACAUCCAUGUCCUUUAUAACCCAAGCCGUGGGGAUGUUAAAUUAGGUCAAAUACGCUUUCUCUUGUUGAGGGCACAGAUUCUCUCAGCAAAAUGGGGUGAUGCCCCUCUCGUCCUUGCUGGCGAUUUCAAUAGCACUCCUCAGAGUGCUAUUUACAAGUUCCUUUCAUCCUCCAAGCUAAAUAUCUUAUUCUAUGAUAGAAGAGACUUAUCUGGGCAGAGAAGUUGUCAUCCUGCGCAAGUUUUGGGGUUGAAGAAAGAAGUGAGCAGUCCAUUCAUCAUAAUGAACGGAUUACUUGAAAAUUGCUGGACGGAGGAAGAGGUAGAAGUUGCUACUGGUGAUGCUGGGUGCCAUGUACUUGUGCAUCCCUUGAAGCUUUCCAGCUCCUAUGCUUCAGUGAAGGGUUCUAGAAAAACGAGGGGAUCUAAUGGCGAACCUUUAGCCACAUCGUACCACUCAAAGUUUCUUGGAACUGUUGACUAUUUAUGGUACUCUGAUGGCCUUGUACCCACAAAAGUUCUGGAUAUUAUUCCAUUUGAUUCUCUCCACAGUACAGGCAGUCUCCCGUGCAAGAAUAUAGGUAGCGAUCACCUUGCCUUGGUUUCUGAGUUUGCCUUCACAUCAAGAACAGAAGAAGGCAACAAGACUACCACAGCAGCAUUCUCAGGCAUGGCUGCCCCAGCUAUUGAAAGAACAAAAUGAUUUGUUGGUGAUGGACUCAUGUUGAGCCAUUUAAAAGUCAACUGCAAUCAACCAAGAAAGCAAACCUAUAUAUGAUUCGUUCUCUGCAGAUCAUGGACAGCUUCUAUACACAACAUUUUACAGCUUCAGUAGCAAUUAAAAGGCAAAAUAAUUUAGAUUGUUUACCAAUGCAUUACAGUAUUCCAUCUCUCUCUCCCCUCUCUCUUAUACAGAUUUUGGUGCCAUCAAUGUGGGCAUGUAUACAGUUCAGUUUUUUUCCCUGCUAUUAGACAGACUUGCUUGUAUAAAUUGCUUCGCUUCCAUCUUAUUAUAAAUUUGUGUCGAUUCUGAUAUUAA